CAUUUGUUAAAUUUUAAGCUUUAGCCAUUUCAGCAAACGAAAAUCCUAGCUAGUUUAACCUGAAACCGAAAUUGUGCUUUUCUUAUACAUGGAAAUCUAAAAACUCUCUGUUGUAAAAAUGGAAAAAUGUGUUUUUUUCUAAAUUUAUUACAAAUAAUUGACGAAUAAAAAAAACGAUUAUAGUUGUUGUACAAUGGAUAACUUUUUUAAACUUGAUUAUACUAAGAAGCAACAAAAUUAAAAUUAUAAUUUACAUAAAAUAAGCAACUCAGUGUUUGCUAAAGUUAAAUCUUCUAUUGUAACCUUCAAAACAUUCAGAAAAAACUACAAUACAAAUUACGAUUAAUUCUGAUAUCUGAAGUUACUAAUAAGAUCAAACUAGAUUAAAAAUUAUAAGAGAAAAUAUUUUGUUAUUGAGCAUUGUGUAUUUGUUAUUAUAAACGGAACAAUAAAAUAAUGAAAAUGAAAAACGAAUUUUGUUUGUGGAACUUUUCUCUAUACUUAGUAUUGUUAAUUUACACAUUGGUAAAUUCUGUUGUUGAGGUAAACAGUCAACGAAGCAGCAAAAAAUUAGAUGUAUAUAUCGCCGGAUUCUUUCCAUAUAGAGAAGGUGUGGAAAAAUCAGAAACAGGACGUGGGGUGAUGCCAAGUGUAAAAAUUGCUUUAGAUCAUGUAAAUGAGCACUCGACUGUGCUACGAAAUUUUCGGUUACAUAUGUGGUGGAACGAUACGGAAUGUAAAGCAGCAGUUGGAAUAAAAUCGUUUUUCGAUAUGAUGCACUCUGGACCCCAUAAACUAAUGUUGUUCGGUGCCGCUUGUACUCAUGUUACAGAUCCCAUAGCGAAAGCUAGCAAACAUUGGCAUCUCACUCAACUUUCGUACGCAGAUACACAUCCCAUGUUUACUAAAGAUGCUUUUCCAAACUUUUUUCGAGUGGUUCCAUCUGAAAAUGCAUUUAAUGCGCCCCGGUUAGCAUUUUUGCGAGAAUUUAAUUGGACACGAGUAGGUACAAUAUAUCAAAAUGAACCAAGAUAUUCUCUUCCUCAUAACCAGAUGGUGGCAGAUCUAGAUAAUAUGGGUUGCGAUAUUGUUGAAACGACUAGUUUUGUUAAUGAUGUCGUAGAAUCACUACAAAAGUUGCGAGACAAAGAUGUGCGAAUCAUUUUGGGAAACUUUAAUGAAACAUAUGCUCGAAAGGUUUUUUGUGAGGCAUAUAGACAAGAUAUAUUUGGACGUACCUAUGUGUGGUUAAUUAUGGGUUCUUAUUCUCAACUAUGGUGGAACCAUACAGAUUUAGAAUGCACUGUUGAACAAAUUGAAGUUGCACUGGAGUCAGUAAUAAUAGCAGAGUUGUUGCCCUUAUCAACAAGUGGAGACAUAACUGUAUCAGGAAUUACUGCAGCUGAAUAUAUGAAAGAAUACAACAGCCGUCGUGGAAAUGAAUAUUCAAUAUUUCAUGGUUAUACGUAUGAUGGAAUUUGGGCUGUAGCCAUGGCUAUUCAGUAUGUUUCACAACGAAGAGAAGGUCUUGUGCAAAAGUUUCAAUAUCGUAUGAAAGAAUGGGAAAACAUUUUUUUGGAAGCAUUACAGAACACCAGCUUUGAAGGUGUUACAGGUCCUGUUCGUUUUUAUAACAAUGAACGAAAAGCUAGUUUUGAACUAAAACAAUUUCAACAUGGUGAUUGGGUCAAAGUUGGUGAAUAUAACUCUUUACAUAAUCAUUUAGACCUAUCUUUAGGUUUGCCCGUAAAGUGGGUGGGUCGAUAUCCUCCAAAAGAUCGGACACUUCGAAUUAUUGAGCAUGGACAAGUAAAUUUAACCAUCUAUGCUAUACUUGUAGCAUGUUCUGUCAUUGGUAUAUUGAUAGCAACUGUAUUUCUAGGAGUUAAUAUUAGAUAUCGAAAUCAAAGAUACAUUAAAAUGUCAAGCCCACAUCUAAACAAUUUGAUCAUCAUUGGAUGUAUGCUUACUUAUCUAAGCGUUAUAUUUUUGGGUUUGGAUAGUGGUCUAAGUAGUGUUGAGGCCUUUCCAUAUAUAUGUACCACGCGUGCAUGGUUACUAAUGGCUGGAUUUAGCUUAGCAUUUGGAGCAAUGUUUUCAAAAACAUGGCGUGUACACUCCAUAUUCACAGACGUGAAGCUGAACAAAAAAGUUAUUAAAGAUUACCAAUUAUUUAUGGUUGUUGGUGUUUUACUAGCUAUUGAUUUGGCAAUUAUGUUAACAUGGCAAAUUGCUGAUCCAUUUUACAGAGACACAAAACAAAUGGAGCCAUAUUCGCAUCCAGCCUUAGAAGAUGUUUUGAUUGUACAGGAGAAUGAGUAUUGCCAAUCGAAGCGAAUUACAAUCUUUUUCGGUGUAAUCUAUGCAUAUAAGGGACUCCUGCUUGUCUUCGGUGCUUUCUUAGCUUGGGAAACAAGAAAUGUCUCGAUACCAGCUUUAAAUGACUCAAAGCAUAUUGGACUUUCCGUUUAUAAUGUAACAAUGAUGUGUAUAAUGGGUGGUUCUAUCGCUCUUAUUAUAUCUGAUCGAAAAGAUGCUGUUUUUAUACUUAUUUCUGUGUUUAUAAUAUUUUGUACAACUACAACUUUAUGCUUGGUUUUUGUGCCAAAGAUUGUAGAACUACGAAGAAAUCCAACCGGGGCUGUUGAUAAAAAAACACGUACGACACUUAGACCGAUGUCCAAAAACCGCCGUGAUUCAUCGGUUUGUGAACUUGAAUCACGGAUGCGAGACGUGAAAUCAAACAAUAAUAAAUUCAAGAAAGCUUUAAUGGAAAAAGAAAGAGAGUUACAAGAACUUAUAAGAAAACUUGGUCCCGAGGCUCGUAAGUGGAUAGAUAACAACAUGGGGGACACCGAACCGCUACAUGACUCUUCCAAACUAAGUGUGCCUGGUGCUUCUAGACAUGACUUGUCAAGUGUGGCCGUUCCAGAAAUAUCAUGUGUUGAUACAACUGAUAUGACAUCUGUUGCUAGCAGUAAAGAUGAUAUGGAGCGUUGUGAUCAAAAGACUCCCGAACCUAAAAAAAAACGAGUUACUUUGCCUGGAGAUGAAGUAUUCCAAGAUGAUAAUUUAUCGAAAUCUUCAACUCAAAUUAACAAAAUCGCCUCAUCAAAAACUUCAAACAUGUUUUGUGAACCACUACCGAAAAAUUUUAUAACUGAGAAAAACAAUGAUGUAUUAUACGCAGUUCCACAGAGAAUCGAGCACAAAUCUGACUUAAAGGCCGCUUUAGUCGAAAAAUAUUGUGAACCACAAUAUCAAAAUAUUCCAAACGAUGUGUUGCUUAAGAGGAAAAACUCUGUAGAUGCCAAUACGAUGACAAAUUGGACUUCAAAUGGAUUACCAGAUAUUGACGAUAGAUCUUCGAGAAACUUGACAAAGUUUAAUACUGAAAUAAACACAGUAAAUAGUACAAGUGAAAGAUCAUCGAUUGCGCAUUCAAAUAGUGAGCUUAAUGUCUGCCCUCAUUUCUCAAAAGGAAGUACAAAAAAUUUAAGCAACGAACCCUCACGACGAGUCAGUAUGCAAGUUGGCUCUGCAGCAAAAGGUAAUUUUGUUGUUUCUCAAAGUGAUCUUUGGGAUACGCACACAUUACAACAGGCAAAGCAACGAUCUUGUACAUCUCCUAGAAAGCAACGAGAUUAUAUUUGUCAAGACCAUGUUAGUCCAAUUAGUAAUACAACAGAAAACCGAGCUUCACCAUCAUCUCCAGGGUAUAUGCAACGCAGUGUUUCAGAAAAAAACCGUACGAAACAUAGACACAAGCAAAAAAUGGCAGUGUGUCAAAGCGAAACUGAUAGUGAACGCGAACGAGACGUGACUCCUUGUAUACAAAAUCGAAAACUAGUUAAAUCUCAACACUCGCAUCAUCACUCGACACCAAAUGUAGCACCAGAUAAGCAUAAAAAAAGACAUAAAAAAGAUUCUUCAUCAAGCAUAUAUGGCGCUUGUUCUGAGACAGAAUUACUAGAAGGUGACACAGCAAUCUUACCAAUUUUUCAAAAACUACUCACAGAAAGAGAAAGUCGAUCUUAUCGGCAACGAAACAUGUUUGGGGCUAGUUGUCCAAAUAUAUCAAUUAAAUGUGAUAUUGUUGAAUAUUUGUAA